AUGGGCAAGUACGACGACGGCGGCGGCGGCGGCAGCUACCCGCUGGUGGCGGUGUGCAUCGACAAGGACAAGAACAGCCAGAACGCGCUCAAGUACGCGACGGAGACGCUGGUGCACCGGGGCCAGACCCUGGUGCUGGUCCACGUCAACACCCGCGGCAGCUCCGGCGGCGUGGAGGACGCCGCCGGGUACAAGCAGCCGACGGACCCGCAGAUGAAGGACCUCUUCCUCCCCUUCCGCUGCUUCUGCACCCGCAAGGACAUCCAGUGCAAGGACGUGCUCCUCGACGACCAUGACGUCGCCAAGUCCCUCGUCGAGUUCGCCGCCCACGCCGCCGUCGAGCGCCUCGUCCUCGGCGCCAACACCCGCAGCAGCUUCGUCCGCUUCAAGGCCGACGUCCCCAACAGCGUCUGCAAGACCGCCCCCGACUUCACCAGCGUCUACGUCGUCAACAAGGGCGGCAAGGUCACCUCCGUGCGCCAGGCCAUCCGCCCCGCCCCCUCCGUCUCGCCGCUCCGGACCAUGAUCCAGGGCGGCGGCGCCGGUGCUGCCAAGCCGCCCGAGCCGCAGCAGCUUGCCGCGGCGCCCGCGGCCGCGGCCGCGCAGAAGUGGGCGGCGCCGACGCCUCCUCAGGCGACGCGAGCCGACUCUACCGUCACGCCGACGCUGCAGCCGCAAGAGAACUUCAUCAUGUCUCCGUUCUCGAGGGGCCCGACGACGACGUCGGCGAGGAAGUUCCCGGACUUCUCGCAGACGGAGUCGUCGGACAUAUCCUUCAUCGGGGUGGCCCCGACCCAGCGGCGGAGCGUGGACCGGAGCGGCGGAGCGUCGUACCCACCGCGGCUGUCCACCGGGUCGGACACCUUCGAGCACAACAGCUUCGAGGCGCCGCGCUCGGGGUGGGGUCUCGACACCUUCGGCAACGAGAGCACCUCCAACUCCCAUACCAGCGUCUCCUCCUCCCUCCCCGCGGAGGACAUGGAGGCGGAGAUGCGGCGGCUCCGGCUGGAGCUGAAGCAGACCAUGGACAUGUACAGCACGGCGUGCAAGGAGGCGCUCACCGCCAAGCAGAAGGCCACGGAGCUGCAGCGCUGGAAGGAGGAGGAGCAGCGGUCGCAGGACGGCCGGCUCACGGAGGAGACGGCGCUGGCGCUCAUCGAGCAGGAGAAGGCCAAGGCGCGGGCGGCCAUCGAGGCGGCCGAGGCGUCGCAGCGCCUGGCGGAGCUGGAGGCCCAGAAGCGGAUCGCCGCGGAGAGGAGGGCGCUCAAGGGGGACGCCGGCGCCUCGUCGGCGAGGUACCGCCGGUACACCAUCGAGGAAAUCGAGGCGGGCACGGAGCACUUCUCCGACUCGCUCAAGGUGGGCGAGGGCGGCUACGGCCCGGUGUACAAGGGCCAGCUCGACCACACCCCCGUGGCCAUCAAGGUGCUCCGGCCGGACGCCGCGCAGGGCAAGGCGCAGUUCCAGCAGGAGGUGGAGGUGCUCAGCUGCAUCCGCCACCCCAACAUGGUGCUCCUCCUCGGCGCCUGCCCGGAGUACGGCUGCCUGGUGUACGAGUACAUGGCCAUGGGCAGCCUGGACGACUGCCUCUUCCGGCGCGGCGGCGGGCCGGUGCUCCCCUGGCAGCACCGGUUCCGCAUCGCCGCCGAGAUCGCCACGGGCCUGCUCUUCCUCCACCAGGCCAAGCCGGAGCCGCUGGUCCACCGCGACCUGAAGCCGGGCAACAUCCUCCUCGACCGCAACUACGUGAGCAAGAUCAGCGACGUCGGGCUCGCCCGGCUGGUGCCGCCGUCGGUGGCCGACACGGUGACGCAGUGCCACAUGACGAGCGCCGCGGGCACCUUCUGCUACAUCGACCCGGAGUACCAGCAGACGGGGAUGCUGGGCGUCAAGUCGGACGUCUACUCGCUGGGCGUGAUGCUGCUGCAGAUCAUCACGGCGCGGCCGCCCAUGGGGCUGACCCACCACGUGGCGCGCGCGCUGGACCACGGCACCAUCGCCGACCUGCUCGACCCGGCCUUGCACGACUGGCCCGUGGACGAGGCGCGGCGGUUCGCGGAGAUGUCGCUGCGCUGCUGCGAGCUCCGGCGCAAGGACCGGCCCGACCUGGCCACCGGCGUGCUCCCGGAGCUCAACCGGCUGCGCGCGCUCGGCGAGGACAACAUGCAGUUCUGCAACCCGAUGAUGGGCGGCAUGGGCGGCGGCGGCGGCUUGCGCACCGGCAUGACCAGCUCCGCUUACAUGAGCAACUCCGCCAUGUCGCAGUCACGGCUGGGGCCCGAUGCGAUGAGCGAUCCGUUCGCGAGGUCGCAGUACGGCGGCGGGAGCACGAGAAGGCUCAACUACAACUGA